GAAAAUCCAAAAUAGCUAGACGAAAAAAGUUGCUACCCUAUUUUCUCUCUGAUCUACACUCUACACUAAAAAAAAUUUUUUAGACAUCGUGUUCGAAGAAAUAUCCAACAUGGCGUCAUCGGCACGUAAAGUUGGCUUCUUGUUGAGGGGAUGGAAUGAAAUCCCCGAAUUCGUUGGGUCAUCGGUUAUGGCAUUGAUUGGAUUCGGCCUUGCUGGAUCUGCUCUAUGGCUCUAUUACGAGAAAGAGGCCUGGAAUAAGAAAUACAAGAUGCACUACACAGUCAUGAGGCCAGAUGAUCCACGAAUCGCAAACAUAAAAAAACACAGUGGCCUAGACAACUGAUGCAUCGUGACUUUCUGACCAGCAUAGUAACUUUAUAAUAUUUCCCUGUAAUUAUUUGUCUUAAAUAUACAUAUUUUAAUUCUG